AGCAAGCUUGCCUAACCUUUGUUAUAUGCUUCGGAAUUUGUAAAUUGACGCAUUGGUAUCCCCCUGUCUAGAAAAAACAGCCAUGGGUUCCAUCAGAUCACUAGUGCUUAUGCAGCUGAUGAUCUUGCUUAAUGUUAUAUUGACGGUAAAAGCUUCAACACCAGCGGUAGCAAAACCUGGCUGCCGAAGCCGCUGCGGAGAUGUUAUCAUCCCAUACCCGUUCGGUACCGGCCGCGAUUGUAACAUCACUGCAGGCUUUUUCAUCAACUGUAACACCAGUUUCAUACCCCACAAACCGUUCUUCGGUGGUAAUCUCGAAGUCAUCGACAUAUCUACCGAUGGUCAGUUGCGCAUCCUUUCUCAUGCAAGCUAUGAUUGUUACAACACAUCAUACAGGAAUUGGUUAUUUUACAACUUCCGACUUUUUGAAUUUUCAAUAAACAAUAACAAGAACAAGUUUACUGCAAUCGGGUGCGACACGUAUGCUGUCGUGCAAGGUUCCUACGGACAACGUUAUACAACUGGUUGUUUGUCGUUGUGUAACAACAUCACUGAUGUUUCAAACGGGUCUUGCUCUGGGAUUGGCUGCUGUCAGACAAGUAUCCCAAAGGAUGUGAAGAGCUACGACAUAAGUCUCUCAAGCUACGCCAACCAUACCAAUGUGUUGCUCGAAAACCCCUGCAGCUAUGCAUUUGUUGCAGAGAUCGAUAAUUAUACCUUCUCUGCUUCAGAUCUUCAUGGUUUUGAGUUUCAAGGCAAGCAGUUUCCAAUCACUCUUGAUUGGAAAAUCGGGAAUAAGAGUUGCAACGAAGCGAAUAUGGAUGUAAACAAUUUUGCAUGCAAAGAGUAUAGUAAAUGCGUUGAUUCAGAAAAUAACUCUGGAUAUUUGUGCAAGUGUCUUGAGGGUUACGUGGGGAACCCUUACCUCACUAAUGGAUGUCAAGAUAUAAACGAGUGUGAAAGUAUGAGCCCUUGCAAUGGAACGGCACGAUGUACCAACUUACCUGGGACGUACAAUUGUUCAUGUCCGGUGGGUUAUGAAGGCGAUGGUAAGAAAAGUGGAACAGGUUGCAGUUUACCCAACAAUUGUUCAUCUCCUCUUAUUGUUGCUCUAGGGGUUGGCAUUGGGUUUCUUGGUCUUCUCUUGGGGAUAGUAUUGUUGUGUUGGAUGCUGAGGCAAAGGCAAAUUUCCAAAUUAAGAGAAGCUAACUUUCAGAAAAAUGGUGGCAUUUUGUUACGGGAACAACUUUCAAAACGAAAAGGGUACCGUGAAGAUGUUAAAGUAUUUACAGUUGAGGAACUUGAGAAGGCAACAAGCAAUUACAAUGAAAGCAGAAUUUUAGGACAGGGAGGGCAAGGGACAAUGUACAAGGGAAUAUUGGCUGAUAAUCAAAUAGUUGCCAUAAAAAAGUCAAUAAUUGGAGAUCCUAGCCAAGUUGAACAAUUCAUUAAUGAAAUAAUGGUGCUCUACCAAAUCAACCAUAGGAAUGUUGUCAAACUCUUAGGAUGUUGUUUGGAGACACAAGUUCCACUGUUAGUUUAUGAAUAUAUCACCAACGGAACCCUUUUUCACCAUAUGCAUAAUGAUGAUGCUACCUUUUAUCUUUCAUGGGAGACCCGUUUGAGAAUAGCCACUGAAACAGCAGAAACCCUUUCUUAUUUGCACUAUGCAGCUUCCAUUCCAAUCAUUCACCGAGACAUCAAGUUGGCGAACAUACUGUUAGAUGAUAAUUACACCGCAAAAGUUUCUGAUUUUGGGGCUUCUAGAUUGAUCCCAUCCGACCAAGCACAAAUAAAUACAAUUGUGCAAGGAACUUUCGGUUACUUGGAUCUUGAAUACAUGCUUUCAAGCCUUAUUACUGAAAAGAGUGAUGUCUACAGCUUUGGGGUUGUGCUUAUGCAGUUGUUAACAGGACAAAAAGUGGUAUGUUUCAAAAGAUCGGAAGAAAAUCGAGUUUUGUCAAUGUACUUCACUUCUUUGAUGAAAGAAGACCAUUUGCUCGACAUUCUGGAUCCUCGAGUGCUUAAUGAUGAAAAUGUUGGACAGCUUAUGGAAGUAGCAACUUUAGCUAGGAGAUGUGUGAGAGUGAAGGGAGAGGAAAGGCCAACAAUGAAGGAAGUUGCCCAUGAAUUAGCAGGACUGCAAGCAAUGCCUAAACAUCCUUGGAGUAAAAGUAAUUUAGUAGGAGAAGAAUCUGAAUACUUGCUUGGUAAGUUUCCCAGCACUUACGAUGAUGGUGUAACAAGCAGCUCGAUAGGGAUAGGGUAUGAUAGCAUAAAAAACAAAAUCACAUUUGAACUUGAAAGUGCUCGCUAA